AAUAAUUCGUGGUGCGUGUUAGCCGUGGACAUCGUAUACGACCAUGUGGCGCGGGGCACUGCUUUACGUCUACAGCAUCGCACUGCUGUGCAUGAUGCUGGAAGAAAGCCACGAGCAGGACGAAGAGGGAGAUGUCGUGGUAUAUGCGCUGGAGGCCGUGUAUGACCCUCAGACAGGGACGUGUACCACCGUGGUGUUCAAUUAUGUCAUCCCUGAGUACCCAAUACAUUAUAAGACCUAUCCCAAUGGUACUUGUAACACAGUGAGGUGCAACGGGUCGAUGUCAGCCGUAGAGUUCUUGAGACAUGCAACAUGCGAUCCCAAUCCUGUGGACCCAGAUCCUAAUCACAGAUGUGUCCUCUCCUACACCGUUGAUCACCCCGUCACAACUCGUUGUUGCGAAACUGAAGCGAAAUGUGACGUGCCCUAUUGCACAGAAGCUAGAACGCUGCACGUCCAAAAAAAGCCUGCACGCGUCUGCGUCAAAGACAAGACGGGACAGGUGGUAUGCAAGCAGGCGAACUCGUAGAGGUCCAUUAAAGACAGUUUGUCCCUUA